AUGUACACAACCGCAAAUAGGUCAUAUCCGGAUCUCCUGCGUUCCAAAAAUAAGGAACGAAUGAAUCGUAUUGCAAGUCGUGCGAUAUCCUUUUCGAGGGCUGCGUACAAAGGCAGCUCCAGAGUAGAAACGAGUGGAGAGGCUUCAAACAGUGAAGAUGAGGAGUCGUGCGAGCUGGAGAAGUUUCCCGCGUUCGUAGACCCAACGGAGCAACAGGAUCACUGCAUUGACCCCAUCAUUGCCCUCAAGAUCCCACGCUCGGAAUACCGAAAUACAAAGGAGUUGGAACUGUGCAGAAAAAAUAUCACGCGUCUUCAUACGAACGUUCAAUAUCUGGAAAAUCUAGAUACACUUGUCUUAUCCAACAACCGGAUAAGCGAGGUUUCAUUUCUUUUACCUCCCAAGCGAACUGCUGACGGCAACUCUAGAGCUGAGAAUGAUGCUGCCGUUGAUGAUGGAGUAGAAACAUUAUGGUGUAGGCCACGGGGUUGUCACCUUCUGCGGAGUCUGUUUCUGUCGCACAACAUGAUAUGGACGAUUGACGGAGAUAUUCCCCGUUUGCGUCAUUUGAGGGUUUUGCUGUUGGCUUACAACCGUUUAGCUAACUUGGUUGCUGUAUCCACACAACUUAAGCGACUACGCGACCUCCGUGAAUUGGAUUUACGCGGCAAUCCACUCUGUGAUGAACUGGGCUAUCGACCCUAUCUCAUUCGUGAGCAACCUCAACUGGAACUGCUUGAUCGGCGACUAGUACAAAUGGAGGAGCGAAACACUGUUGUGAGUCAGUUAGUCCAAAAAGAUAGGGAGCUUGGUAGCAUGUGUGAGCUUGGAAACAUACUGGCUUCAUCAGCCCCGCUCCAAAGACGAUCGAUAGACAGCAGUAUUCAGCGAAGGAGCUUGCAAUUAUCGCCUCUGCAAGACGGGCGUACACAGGGGCUACCAACGGUGGCUCACACAGAUCCAAGGUUCUUUUCAGUUACUAUAGGUAAGGAACCCGUGUUAAAGACCUUAGCGUUCUUUAAAACUUUUACACCUGCUCGGCAACGAGCGGAUGACCCAAAGGUGGUGCCAAGGAGGGCGUUCAGACCUUCUGCUUGUGAGUUAUACCUCGGGAAAAGUAUGCACCGUCUAGGGAAACAAAAGGCGCUGCGCGAAAUGCGCGAGGCCAGGGAAAAUGAAAUGAAACGAGAAGAGGUGGUUGAGACCCACAAACGGUUCCACCUGGUCUGGGCCAUGUCAGGUAAGGGGAUGCCUCUCUGCGCUGAGAAACUCGGAGCGAUGUCUAAGCAACAGGAAACCUCUCAAAAUGCAGGCAAUGUCGAACAAACGAACGUAUCCCCUCGCAAUGCGCUAAUGCGCAGAAGGGCUUCGGUAGCGAAGCAGCAGGCGCCUGACACAACAGGGAAAUGGGCGGUAAAACAAGCGGCGCCGGCUCCAGUUGUCUCGUUGGAUCGCAUCCAACUGCCAAAUCUCCCACCCCAGUUACCAGGUGACACUGACCAUAGUGUCAUGUACGAUGCCCUUCUUCACCGUGAGGAUAAGGUAGAAAAGAGAAUCUGGGGGAAACCUUCCUGUUUACCGAAUCCUCACCGCUUAGAAAAUAUGAAAAAUCUACUCGACAAGGCCUCGAACUUCCUAACUGCGAGUCAGAAAAAGGGGUCGGUGGGUAGUUCCGCUGUGGCAUUCGACCACAGUCAACUUCUUUGUGAAAUUCAGCAGUGCAAGGAUUGCACUAUACCUGAGCCAUGGGAGGGAGAUGAGACCAGUACAAGCAUAGUUGUCACAAGAGACCGCCAGGAGUUCCUCUGCAACGCCAUGAUGGUACUUUUGCUUCCUUCAGAAUUAAGUGCCAUAGAGUCCCACCUCAUGGCAGGUAUGGCGGAUUCGUUCCCACAUCCGGAGCACCAACGUGGAAAGAAAACUUCACGGAAAGAGAAGAGAGCAUUGGGUGAUGCGGCUCGACUUCCUGCAGGAUCUGGCGCGCUUCUUCAGGGUAUUGCUACCGCUUCGGCUUCCCAGCGGACUCAAAUUAUUAUGGCCGCAACAAAUGUGGAGUUUGGACUACCAGAUCGCAAUACGACCAGGCGCCUCAUGAAUAUGCUUGAUUUUGAUAGCGGGUUAAAAAACAUUUCACUUCAAAAUCUUACUGAUGCAUUUGCUAAUGCGUAUCUAUCUAGAACUGUAGAAACUCUCCCGAAGCCUACCUCCGAAAUGGACGAUAAAUGCACUGCAAGUGUUACGGAAAGUAAACGGAACCACCGCUCCCCUAGUGCAGGGCGUUCCAGAAGUGAUCGCCGGUCCGGAAGGAGAGUUUCACCCACGCGGUCCGAGUCACGUCAUGUGGGGCGCGAGGCAGCCGCUGCUUCUGCAACAAAGCAGCCGGUUUUAACGCUGAACACAGCACUACUGGACCUCAUGUUGUAUUUGCCUUUUGUGCGAUGUAGAUUGGAGUAUUUUAAGGAGGAAUGUGAUGCAGCGGUAAAAGAGCUUGGUGAUCUGGGCGAUGCGCUGCCUAAGCGAUUUUCAAAGCUGCAGGCGGCCUCGUUGUACUAUGAGAGGUUACAGGAGGCAAUGAGACUCUCAGGCAUGAGUGAAGAAAGUGCUCUUAACAAUUUCGUUGAUAUUGAAGGGAUACUGAGGCUGAACGCACAGGAGGUAGGAUCUUACUUUCGCUCGAACACAACCCCUGUGUGA